UUUCCAUUCGGUAUUGACCAAAACGUCGAUCUGAUGCAAGUCUCUGCCAUCUUCCAAAACGACUGUAUAUGGUCUUUUAGCAUGUUAUCUUAAUUUCCAGUCAUUUGAACAUUUUAUGGGCAGAGGUCGAGACGAGAUAGCAUGCUGCUACUAACAGUAAGGUCAGGAAUCUUUUUUUCAACUGGCUGAGAAUGGCGACUAGCAAACAAGACACGGCAGAGGUGAUCCUUGACCCCGAAGCUCGAUCGGACGAAGCACGUGAGGCGGGAAAGGACGAAGAUGCCGAAGAGACCCGAGAGAUAAAACGCCCUGUUCCGGACGGUGGUUGGGGAUGGUGGGUCGUAAUGGGAAGUACAAUAUCCCAAGUUAUCUUAGGAGGAAUGGAGAAGUCGCGAGGAGUUAUUUACCCUGAACUGAUCGAAAGGUUUGGCUCAAGUUCCACGACAACAGCGUGGGUGAUCUCCCUUACUGGCCUCUUUCGGCUUUGUGGAGGCCCUGUGGCUAGCGUGCUAAGUAACAAGUUUGGGAUACGGCCCGUGGUGAUGACUGGUGGCUUGAUCAUUACGUCAUGCUAUAUCUCCAGUGCCUUUGCUCUGAGUAUCGUUGCUCUGGUGUUUACGUACGGAAUAUUAGGCGGAAUUGGCCAGAUGUGCGCAUACGCACCCACCGUUAUUAUCGUGGGACUAUAUUUCAACAAGCGGAGGGCUCUAGCUGCCGGAUUGUCGUCGGCCGGAAUUGGAAUCGGAACUUUUAUCGUGCCACCAUUGGUGGAACUGAUGCUAGAAGAGCUGGGAUUUACUGGAACUUUUUUCAUCUUAGCUGGCCUUGGGUUGAACCUUUGUGUUACAGGGGCACUUUACAGGCCACUAUCACUGCACUGGAAAAUCGUGGACUCCGAAAGGCGAAGAAAACUGCGCGUGUCAAGUGCUGGAAGCGAAAAUGUGGAAAAUGGAAGUGUUGCCUUACUUGGAACAGAGUUGUCUGAAAUGCCAGUCCGAGAAGGGUCGUCGAAGAAAAACGAUCUCAAAUCUUUUCCAAAUUCUGACGAUGGAACAGAGAACGAUGGAACGCUAAAAGACAAUGCACCCCUACCGGAAAAAGAAAAACGAUUGGUCAAAGCAAAGAAAAAAAUCAAGUUCUUUGAAUUCAGUUUAUUGAAAGAUUUUCCGUUUCUUUCCUUUUGUGUCACCCUUUUGUUGCUGACAAUGGCGGCACAGAUUGGACAAGUCUUCAUCGCUACCAUGGCGAGAGACAGGGGCGUGAGUAAAACAAACUCUGCCCUCUUGCUGUCAAUCAUUGGCGCCUGCGAUACCAUCGGUCGCGUGGGGUCCGGAUUUGUAUUCGACAUGCCGAGAAUUAAACCUCAUCGGCAGUACGCAUACAAUGUAUUCCUGUUUCUUGUGGCUGGAUGUUGUUGUAUUUAUCCGGCUGUCUAUUCAUUCCCAUCCUUCGCCGUUAUCAGCGCAGCUUUUGGAUUCUUCGCCGGAAUAUACAUUUCUCAGAAGUCCGUAAUUAUUGUGGAUCUCGUUGGCGCCGACAAGUUAGUGUAUUCCUUCGGACUGAUAAUCUGGUUCCAAGGCAUCGGAUUCCUGGUUGGCCCCACACUCUCAGGCGUUUUGAUCGACCAUUUCAAGCGAUACGAUUUCUCAUUUUACUUCGCUGGGGCCGUCUGUUUCUUGGCUGGUCUGGUUUUCAUGAGCGGGAAUAUAUACAGCUAUCGAAGGAAGAAAAGACAGAAUAUGGCACAAGACUGAAACAACUGUAAUGUUGGUCGAAAUGACGUUGUUACAUUGAUAUGAAUAGGAGAGUUUCUGAAUGGCUGAAAGUAAAAAACGUCCUGCUGUACCAUGUGACCUGUCAGAAAUGUUAGGCAACUAUUUUUGAUUAUAUUUGCUAAAACAUGGGUGAAGGUUAUUUAGAAUAGGCGAACAAUACAGGAAAUUGACGGAAAGUUUCGGAAAGAAAAAACAUCAGUCAUUUGUGCCUUUUGAUCGGUUAACUGAUGUCAGCAGAGGUCGCCUAACAUUUUUGAGAAGUCACAUGAUACAGAAGUUCUACUUUUACCUUUAGCCACAGAAGAGUUUCAACUCCAGAUUCCUCUAUUAAACCUUGUGUAUGUGAAUUGUUUUUGGACCACGUGUGCUGGGAUUUCAUCUUCUGUAUAAACGAUUACGGCAUUCCACCUAAUACAGAUCUUGUGACUGCUUUAUUAAACAGAUAGCAGAGAAAACGUCAUGUUAGAAGACACGUAAAAAGGCUUCAAGGCAGAGAUAUCCAGAAAAAUUAACGCAUCUUCGUAACUUACUUCUGAAUAUGAAACGAAAGACAGUU